GCAGUUUGUAGGUGCCACUACUGCUCUGGAAAAAUGGCGGAUGAGGACGAGUAUGAGGAGGUAAUAGAGUACUACACCGAGGAGACAGUUUACGAGGAGGUACCGGGAGAGACAGUUACCAAAAUCUAUGAAACUACAAGGACAUCUGACUAUGGCCAACCAGAACCUUCCACACCAGCUCUGGUACAGCCACAACCAGCAAAACCGGUGGAGCGGAAGAAGGUCAUCCGGAAGAAGGUGGACUCCUCCAAGUUCAUGACUCCCUAUAUUGAGCACAGUCAGAAAAUGCAGGAUCUUUUCAGCCCAAAUAAGUACAAAGAGAACUACGAGAAAGCAAAGGGACAGCCAUACGCCAUCACAAGUGAUACUCCGGAACUGCGCAGAAUCAAGAAAGUGCAGGAUCAACUCAGUGAGGUCAAGUAUCGAAUGGAUGGAGAUGUUGCUAAAACUAUCUGUCACGUGGAUGAAAAGGCAAAAGAUAUUGAACAUGCCAAGAAAGUGUCGCAGCAAGUCAGCAAGGUUUUAUACAAGCAGAACUGGGAAGACACCAAGGAUAAGUACCUGCUUCCCCCUGAUGCCCCUGAACUUGUUCAAGCCAUCAAGAAUACAGCCAUGUUCAGUAAGAAACUGUACACUGAAGACUGGGAAGCUGACAAAGGGUUGUUUUAUCCCUAUAAUGACAGUCCAGAACUGAGGAGGGUCGCCCAGGCCCAGAAAGCACUUAGUGAUAUUGCCUACAAAAAAGGACUCGCUGAACAGCAAACUCAAUUCACGUCCCUGCCCGAUCCUCCUGAUGUAGAAUUUGCCAAGAAAGUAGCCAACCAAGUGAGCAAGCAAAAAUAUAAAGAAGACUAUGAAAAGAAAGUCAAAGGAAAAUGGAGUGAGACACCCUGCUUUGAAAUUGCAACGGCCAGAAUGAAUGCUGAUAAUCUGAGCACAAGGAAGUAUCAGGAAGACUUUGAGAACAUGAAAGACCAGAUUUACUUCAUGCAGACUGAAACACCUGAGUAUAAAAUGAAUAAGCAGGCUGGAGUUGCAGCUAGCAAGGUAAAAUACAAAGAAGACUAUGAAAAGAAUAAAGGAAAAGCAGACUAUAAUGUGCUUCCUGCUUCGGAGAACCCACUUCUCAGGCAGCUGAAGGCGGCGGGAAAUGUCCUCAGUGAUAAACUAUACAAGGAAAACUAUGAAAAGACAAAAGCGAAGAGCAUAAAUUACUGUGAGACCCCCAAGUUUCAGCUUGACACAGUACUGCAAAACUUCAGCAGUGACACUAAAUAUAAGGAUUCCUACCUAAAGAAUAUUUUGGGACACUACGUAGGCAGCUUCGAGGAUCCAUAUCACACACAUUGUAUGAAAGUUACAGCCCAGAACAGUGACAAAAACUACAAAGCUGACUAUGAAGAAGACAGAGGCAAAGGCUUCUUCCCCCAGACCAUUACCCAGGAAUAUGAAGCAAUCAAGAAACUGGACCAGUGCAAAGAUCAUACAUACAAAGUCCACCCAGAUAAGACAAAGUUCACUCAAGUCAUGGACUCUCCUGUUCUGGUGCAAGCCCAGGUCAAUUCCAAACAACUGAGUGAUCUAAACUACAAAGCCAAACAUGAAAGUGAAAAAUUCAAGUGUCACAUACCUCCGGAUGCUCCUGCCUUUAUCCAGCACAGAGUGAACGCCUAUAACCUGAGUGACAACGUCUACAAGCACGACUGGGAGAAGAGCAAAGCUAAGAAGUUUGACAUCAAGGUGGAUGCCAUCCCCCUGCUGGCAGCCAAAGCCAACAGCAAGAAUGCCAGUGAUGUAAUGUACAAGAAGGACUAUGAGAAGAGCAGAGGCAAGAUGAUCGGUGCCCUCAGCAUCAACGAUGACCCCAAGAUGCUGCACUCCCUGAAGACCGCCAAAAACCAGAGCGACAGACUAUACAGAGAAAAUUAUGAGAAGACAAAGGCCAAGAGUGUGAAUUACUGUGAGACCCCUAAGUAUCAACUGGACACCCUCCUCAAGAACUUCAGUGAGGCUAAAUAUAAAGAUUCAUAUGUAAAGAAUAUUCUGGGUCACUACGUAGGCAGCUUUGAGGACCCAUACCAUACACACUGCAUGAAAGUUUCCGCUCAAAACAGUGAUAAGAGUUACAAGGCAGAGUAUGAAGAAGAUAGGGGGAAAUGCUAUUUCCCUCAGACGAUAACUCAAGAAUACGAAGCUAUCAAGAAGUUGGACCAGUGUAAAGAUCACACCUACAAAGUUCACCCUGAUAAGACUAGAUUCACAGCGGUCACCGACACUCCAGUGCUACUGCAAGCCCAGCUCAACACUAAGCAGCUCAGCGAUCUGAACUACAAAGCAAAGCAUGAAGGUGAGAAAUUCAAGUGCAGCGUGCCAGCAGAUGCACCAGAGUUUAUACAGCACAGAGUCAAUGCUUACAACCUGAGUGACAACGUCUACAAGCAUGACUGGGAGAAGAGCAAAGCUAAGAAGUUUGACAUCAAGGUGGAUGCCAUCCCCCUGCUGGCAGCCAAAGCCAACAGCAAGAAUGCCAGUGAUGUAAUGUACAAGAAGGACUAUGAGAAGAGCAGAGGCAAGAUGAUCGGUGCCCUCAGCAUCAACGAUGACCCCAAGAUGCUGCACUCCCUGAAGACCGCCAAAAACCAGAGCGACCGUGAAUACCGUAAAGACUAUGAAAAGUCAAAAACGGUCUACACUGCCCCUCUUGAUAUGAUCCAAGUCACCCAAGCUAAGAAAUCUCAGGCGAUUGUCAGUGAUGUGGACUACAAACAUGUCCUGCACAACUACAGCUACCCGCCUGACAGCAUCAACGUGGACCUUGCCAAGAAGGCAUACGCCCUGCAGAGCGAUGUUGAGUACAAAGCUGACUACAACAGCUGGAUGAAGGGCUGUGGCUGGGUGCCCUUUGGUUCCUUGGAGAUGGAAAAGGCAAAGCGAGCCUCGGAGAUUCUUAAUGAGAAAAAAUACCGCCAACAUCCAGAUACACUCAAGUUUACCUCGAUUGAAGAUGCUCCAAUUACAGUGCAGUCUAAAAUUAACCAGGCCCAGAGAAGUGAUAUCGCUUACAAAGCCAAAGGGGAGGAAAUCCUGCACAAGUACAACCUGCCAGCAGACCUGCCGCAGUUCAUCCAAGCUAAGGUCAAUGCGUACAACAUCAGUGAGAAUAUGUACAAAGCCGACUUGAAAGACUUAAGCAAGAAGGGAUAUGACCUGAGAACUGAUGCAAUCCCCAUCAAAGCUGCCAAAGCUGCCCGGCAGGCUGCGAGUGAUAUUCAUUACAAAAAAGACUAUGAAAAAGCUAAAGGGAAAAUGGUUGGAUUCCAAAGUCUCCAAGAUGAUCCUAAACUGGUUCAUUACAUGAACGUGGCCAAGAUACAAUCAGACAGGGAGUAUAAAAAAGACUACGAAAAGACAAAGACCAAGUACAACACAUCUCACGACAUGUUUGAUGUUGUGGCGGCUAAGAAGGCACAGGAUGUGAUCAGCAACACCAACUACAAGCAACCUCUCCACCACUACACCUACCUGCCGGACGCCAUGGACCUAGAGCUGUCCAAGAACAUGAUGCACAUACAGAGUGACAAUGCCUACAAAGAAGACUAUAAUACCUGGAUGAAAGGCAUUGGCUGGAUACCGAUCGGCAGUCUUGACCAAGAAAAAGUGAAAAGGGCAGGUGAUGCCCUGAGUGAAAAGAAAUACAGGCAGCAUCCAGACACACUCAAGUUCACCAGCGUUGAGGACUCGCCAGUGAUGGUGCAGGCAAAGCAGAACACACAGCAAGUCAGUGAUAUCUUAUACAAAGCUAAAGGAGAAGAUGUAAAGCAUAAAUACACUCUGAAUCCUGAUCUCCCACAGUUUCUCCAGGCCAAGUGCAAUGCUUACAAUAUAAGUGAUGUCUGUUACAAACGGGACUGGCACGACUUAAUAGCUAAAGGCCACAAUGUCCCGGCUGAUGCCAUUCCCAUCACAGCCGCCAAGUCAUCAAGAAACAUUGCCAGUGACUACAAAUACAAAGAAGCUUAUGAGAAGUCAAAGGGCAAGCACGUUGGCUUCAGAAGCCUCCAGGACGACCCCAAGUUGGUCCAUUAUAUGAAUGUGGCAAAGUUGCAGUCAGACCGAGAAUACAAGAAAAACUAUGAGAACACCAAAACCAGUUACCAUACCCCUGGGGACAUGGUUAGCAUCAUUGCUGCAAAGAUGGCCCAGGACGUGGCCACCGGGGUCAACUACAAACAACCAUUACAUCACUACACAUACCUGCCUGAUGCCUUGAGCCUCGAGCACACAAGGAAUGUUAAUCAAAUUCAGAGUGAUAACGUGUACAAGGAUGAGUACAACAGCUUCUUCAAGGGCAUUGGGUGGAUUCCCAUCGGCUCCCUGGAGGUGGAGAAGGCCAAGAAAGCAGGUGACGCCCUAAACGAGAGGAAGUACCGACAGCACCCGGACACCAUCAAGUUCACGAGUGUGCCCGACUCCAUGGGCAUGGUUUUGGCUCAGCAGAACACCAAGCAGCUGAGUGAUUUGAACUACAAAGUAGAGGGAGAGAAGCUGAAACAUAAGUACACGAUGGACCCUGAAUUGCCUCAGUUUAUUCAAGCCAAGGUUAAUGCCAUCAAUAUGAGCGAUGCACAUUACAAAGCUGACUGGAAGAAAACCCUGGCCAAGGGUUAUGACCUGAGACCAGACGCCAUUCCCAUUGUUGCUGCCAAAAGUUCAAGGAACAUUGCUAGUGAUUGCAAAUACAAGGAGGCCUACGAGAAAGCCAGAGGCAAGCAAAUUGGCUUUCUCAGUCUCCAGGAUGAUCCUAAACUGGUUCACUACAUGAAUGUGGCCAAAAUACAAUCAGACCGUGAGUAUAAGAAGGGAUACGAGGCCAGCAAGACCCGGUACCACACGCCCCUGGAUAUGUUCAGUGUGACCGCAGCAAAGAAGUCUCAGGAAGUUGCGACCAACAGCAACUACCGACAGCCCUUCCACAACUACACCCUCCUGCCCGACGCCUUGAAUGUGGAGCACUCCAGGAACGCCAUGCAGAUCCAGAGCGAUAAUCUGUACAAAUCUGACUUCACCAACUGGAUGAAAGGGAUCGGCUGGGUCCCCAUAGACUCCUUGGAGGUGGAGAAGGCAAAGAAAGCUGGAGAGAUUCUGAGUGAGAGGAAAUACCGACAGCACCCGGAGAAGCUGAAGUUCACGUACUCCAUGGACACCAUGGAGCAGGCACUUAACAAAAGCAACAAGCUGACCAUGGAUAAGAGGUUGUACACCGAAAAGUGGAACAAAGACAAGACCACCAUUCACGUCAUGCCUGAUACUCCAGACAUCUUGCUCUCCAGAGUAAACCAGAUCACCAUGAGUGACAAACUAUACAAGGCAGGCUGGGAAGAAGAGAAGAAGAAAGGCUAUGACCUGAAGCCUGACGCCAUCUCAAUAAAGGCUGCCAAGGCCUCCAGAGACAUUGCCAGUGACUACAAGUACAAGCAAGCCUAUGAGCAAGCCAAAGGGAAGCACAUUGGCUUCCGCAGCCUGGAAGACGACCCCAAGCUGGUGCACUUCAUGCAGGUGGCCAAGAUGCAGUCAGACCGGGAGUACAAGAAGGGCUACGAGAAAUCCAAGACAUCCUUCCAUACCCCAGUGGACAUGUUCAGUGUGGUGGCAGCCAAGAAGUCUCAGGAAGUGGCCACCAACGCCAACUACAGGAACAUAAUCCACACCUACAACAUGCUUCCUGAUGCCAUGAGCUUUGAGUUGGCCAAGAAUAUGAUGCAGAUUCAAAGUGAUAAUCAGUACAAGGCGGACUAUGCUGACUUCAUGAAGGGCAUUGGGUGGCUCCCCCUCGGCUCUCUGGAAGCUGAGAAAAACAAGAAAGCCAUGGAGAUUGUUAGUGAGAAGAAGUACCGACAACACCCAGACACAUUGAAGUACUCCACGCUGAUGGACUCAAUGAACAUGGUUCUGGCCCAGAAUAAUGCAAAAAUUAUGAAUAAAAAUCUCUACAAACAAGCAUGGGAAGCCGACAAGACCAAAAUCCAUAUCAUGCCUGACAUCCCCGAGAUUGUUUUGGCAAAAGCAAAUGCAAUUAAUAUGAGUGAUAAACUCUAUAAACUGUCGCUGGAAGAAUCUAAAAAGAAAGGCUAUGACCUCAGAACGGAUGCGAUUCCUAUCAAAGCUGCCAAAGCAUCAAGAGAUAUUGCGAGUGACUAUAAAUACAAGCACAAUUAUGAAAAGGAGAAAGGAAAAAUGGUUGGUUUUCGCAGUCUUGAGGAUGAUCCCAAAUUAGUCCACUCCAUGCAUGUGGCUAAGAUGCAGUCGGAUCGAGAAUACAAGAAAAACUAUGAAAAGACGAAGACCAGCUACCAUACUCCUGCCGACAUGCUGAGCGUCACGGCCGCCAAGGACGCGCAAGCCAACAUCACCAACACUAACUACAAGCGCCUCAUUCAUAAGUACAUUCUCCUCCCCGAUGCGAUGAACAUUGAGCUGACCCGGAAUAUGAAUCACAUCCAGAGUGAUAACGAAUAUAAGCAAGACUACAAGGAGUGGUACAGAGGGCUCGGCUGGAGCCCAGCUGGCUCCCUGGAGGUGGAGAAGGCCAAGAAAGCAACUGAAUAUGCCAGCGAUCAGAAGUACCGCCAGCAUCCUAGCAACUUCCAGUUUAAAAAGUUGACCGACUCCAUGGACAUGGUGCUGGCAAAGCAGAACGCUCACACCAUGAAUAAGCAUUUAUACACCGUUGACUGGAAUAAAGAUAAAACCAAGAUUCAUGUGAUGCCUGAUACUCCAGACAUUCUGCAAGCCAAGCAGAACCAGUCACUUUACAGUCAGAAAUCCUAUAGACUGGGUUGGGAGGAGGCUCUGAAGAAAGGCUACGAUCUCCCUGUAGACGCGAUUUCUGUCCAGCUGGCCAAGACAUCAAGGGACAUCGCUAGUGACUUUAAAUAUAAACAAGGCUACCGGAAACAACUGGGACACCAUAUUGGAUUCCAGAGUGUACAAGAUGACCCAAAGCUUGUGCUAUCAAUGAAUGUAGCCAAAAUGCAGAGUGACAGAGAGUACAAGAAAGACUUUGAGAAGUGGAAAACCAAAUACACCAGCCCUGUGGACAUGCUGGGCGUGGUGUUGGCCAAAAAGUGCCAGGCCUUGGUCAGUGAUGCGGAUUACAGGAACUAUUUACACCAGUGGACGUGCCUGCCGGAUCAGAAUGACGUCAUCCAAGCUAAAAAAGUCUACGAGUUGCAAAGCGAGAACAUGUAUAAAGCUGACCUUGAGUGGCUGAGAGGCAUAGGAUGGAGUCCCUUGGGUUCUUUGGAAGCAGAAAAGAACAAGCGAGCUUCGGAAAUCAUCAGUGAGAAGAAAUACCGUCAACCUCCAGACAGAAAUAAGUUCACCAGCAUCCCUGAUGCCAUGGACAUAGUUCUGGCAAAAACAAAUGCCAAAAACAGGAGCGAUAGACUUUACAGAGAAGCUUGGGACAAGGACAAGACUCAGAUCCACAUUAUGCCGGACACUCCUGACAUCAUUCUGGCUAAGGCCAACCUAAUCAAUACAAGUGACAAACUCUACAGGAUGGGUUAUGAGGAACUGAAGAAAAAAGGUUACGAUCUCCCUGUCGACGCCAUUCCGAUCAAAGCAGCGAAAGCAUCGCGGGAGAUUGCCAGCGAAUACAAAUACAAAGAAGGCUUCCGAAAGCAGCUUGGCCAUCACAUCGGAGCCCGGAACAUCAAGGAUGACCCCAAGAUGAUGUGGUCCAUGCAUGUGGCCAAGAUCCAGAGUGACAGGGAGUACAAGAAGGACUUUGAGAAGUGGAAGACCAAGUACAGCAGCCCAGUGGACAUGCUUGGGGUGGUGCUGGCCAAGAAGUGCCAGACCUUGGUCAGUGACGCAGACUACAGGAACUACCUACACCAGUGGACAUGCCUGCCUGACCAGAAUGACGUCAUCCAUGCCCGGCAGGCCUAUGACCUCCAGAGCGAUAAUUUGUACAAGGCUGAUCUUCAGUGGAUGAAAGGCAUUGGUUGGGUGACUUCUGGUUCCCUUGAGGAUGAGAAAAACAAGCGAGCCACUCAGAUCCUGAGUGACCACAUUUACCGUCAGCACCCCGAUAAAUUGAAGUUUUCCAGCCUCAUGGACUCCAUACCAAUGGUUUUGGCAAAAAAUAACGCUAUCACCAUGAACCAUCACCUCUAUACAGAAGCUUGGAAUAAAGAUAAAACCACCAUCCAUAUUAUGCCAGAUACCCCUGAAGUUAUACUGGCCAAACAAAACAAAAUAAAUUACAGUGAGAAAUUAUAUAAGCUUGGCCUGGAGGAAGCCAAGAGGAAAGGCUAUGACAUGCGGCUCGAUGCCAUUCCUAUCAAGUCAGCCAAGGCCUCCAGAGACAUUGCGAGUGAUUUCAAGUACAAAGAAGGCUACCGGAAGCAGCUGGGCCACCACAUCGGAGCCCGGAACAUCAAGGAUGACCCCAAGAUGAUGUGGUCCAUGCAUGUGGCCAAGAUCCAGAGUGACAGGGAGUACAAGAAGGAUUUUGAGAAGUGGAAGACCAAGUACAGCAGCCCAGUGGACAUGCUGGGGGUGGUGCUGGCCAAGAAGUGCCAGACCUUGGUCAGUGACGCAGACUACAGGAACUACCUACACCAGUGGACAUGCCUGCCUGACCAGAAUGACGUCAUCCAUGCCCGGCAGGCCUAUGACCUCCAGAGCGAUAAUAUGUACAAGGCAGACCUCCAAUGGAUGAGAGGCAUCGGCUGGGUGCCCAUUGGCUCCCUGGAUGUGGAAAAAUGCAAAAGAGCCACUGAGAUCUUGAGUGACAAAAUCUACCGUCAGCCCCCAGACAAAUUCAAGUUUACCAGUGUGACUGAUUCUCUGGAGCAAGUAUUAGCCAAGAAUAAUGCCAUCACUAUGAACAAGCGAUUGUACACAGAAGCCUGGGACAAAGACAAGACGCAGAUCCACAUAAUGCCAGACACACCAGAGAUCAUGUUGGCUCGGAUGAAUAAAGUGAACUACAGCGAGAGUCUGUAUAAACUUGCCAAUGAAGAAGCAAAGAAAAAAGGCUAUGACUUACGAAGUGACGCCAUCCCUAUCGUGGCAGCCAAGGCCUCCAGAGACAUCGCCAGUGACUACAAAUACAAAAUUGGCUACCGGAAGCAGCUGGGCCACCACAUCGGAGCCCGGAACAUCGAAGAUGACCCCAAGAUGAUGUGGUCCAUGCACGUGGCCAAGAUCCAGAGUGACAGGGAGUACAAGAAGGACUUUGAGAAGUGGAAGACCAAGUACAGCAGCCCAGUGGACAUGCUGGGGGUGGUGCUGGCCAAGAAGUGCCAGACCUUGGUCAGUGACACGGACUACAGGAACUACCUACACCAGUGGACAUGCCUGCCUGACCAGAAUGACGUCAUCCAUGCCCGGCAGGCCUAUGACCUCCAGAGCGAUAAUGUGUACAAGGCUGAUCUCCAGUGGAUGAGAGGCAUUGGCUGGGUCCCCAUCGGGUCCCUGGAUGUGGUCAAGUGCAAGAGAGCUGCCGAGAUCCUGAGUGACAACAUCUACCGCCAGCCUCCAGACAAGUUCAAGUUCACCAGCGUGACGGACUCUCUGGAGCAGGUUCUGGCCAAGAGCAAUGCCCUCAACAUGAACAAGCGAUUAUACACAGAGGCCUGGGACAAAGACAAGACUCAAAUCCAUGUGAUGCCCGAUACACCCGAAAUUGUGCUGGCCAGGCAGAACAGAAUCAACUACAGCGAGAGCCUGUAUAAACUCGCCAAUGAAGAAGCAAAGAAGAAAGGCUAUGACCUGCGUAUCAAUGCCAUCCCCAUCGUGGCAGCCAAGGCCUCCAGAGAUAUCGCCAGUGACUACAAAUACAAAGAUGGCUACCGGAAGCAGCUGGGCCACCACAUCGGAGCCCGGAACAUCAAGGAUGACCCCAAGAUGAUGUGGUCCAUACAUGUGGCCAAGAUCCAGAGUGACAGAGAGUACAAGAAGGACUUUGAGAAAUGGAAGACCAAGUUCAGCAGUCCAGUGGACAUGCUGGGGGUGGUGCUGGCCAAGAAGUGCCAGACCUUGGUCAGUGACACAGACUACAGGAACUACCUACACCAGUGGACAUGCCUGCCUGACCAGAAUGAUGUCAUCCAUGCCCGGCAGGCCUAUGACCUCCAGAGCGAUAAUGUGUACAAGGCUGAUCUCCAGUGGAUGAGAGGCAUUGGCUGGGUCCCCAUCGGGUCCCUGGAUGUGGUCAAGUGCAAGAGAGCUGCCGAGAUCCUGAGUGACAACAUCUACCGCCAGCCUCCAGACAAGUUCAAGUUCACCAGCGUGACGGACUCUCUGGAGCAGGUUCUGGCCAAGAGCAAUGCCCUCAACAUGAACAAGCGCCUGUACACAGAAGCCUGGGAUAAAGACAAGACCCAAAUCCACAUUAUGCCUGAUACGCCUGAAAUUAUGUUGGCCAGACAAAACAAAAUAAACUAUAGUGAGAGCCUCUAUCGCCAGGCCAUGGAAGAAGCUAAGAAGGAGGGCUAUGACUUGAGAAGCGAUGCCAUUUCCAUUGUGGCUGCCAAGGCCUCCCGGGACAUUGCUAGUGAUUACAAAUAUAAAGAAGCCUAUCGGAAGCAGCUGGGUCACCACAUUGGCGCCCGAGCGAUACAUGAUGAUCCCAAGAUGAUGUGGUCCCUCCACAUUGCCAAAGUGCAGAGUGACCGCGAGUACAAGAAAGAAUUUGAGAAAUACAAGACGAGGUACAGCAGCCCGGUGGACAUGCUUGGUAUUGUUUUGGCCAAGAAGUGUCAAACCUUGGUCAGUGAUGUAGACUACAAACACCUUCUGCACGAGUGGACCUGCCUGCCAGACCAGAAUGACGUCAUACAGGCUCGGAAAGCGUAUGACCUCCAGAGUGAUAAUCUGUACAAGGCAGACCUUGAAUGGAUGAAAGGCAUCGGCUGGGUUCCCAUUGGGUCCUUGGAAGUUGUCAAAGCCAAGAGGGCCACAGAGAUACUGAGUGAUAACCUCUACCGCCAGCGCCCAGACACACUGAAAUUCACCAGCAUUACUGACUCACUGGAGCAGGUGCUGGCAAAGAACAACGCAAUCAACAUGAACAAGCGCUUGUACACUGAAGCCUGGGACAAUGAUAAGAAGACCAUCCACGUCAUGCCUGACACACCAGAAAUCAUGCUGGCCAAACUCAACAGGAUAAACUACAGUGAUAAACUCUACAAGCUGGCGCUGGAAGAGGCCAGGAGGCAAGGCUAUGAUUUGCGCCUGGACGCCAUUCCCAUCCGAGCAGCCAAAGCAUCCAGAGAGAUUGCUAGUGAUUACAAGUACAAGGAAGGCUACCGGAAGCAGUUGGGCCACCACAUCGGAGCCCGGAACAUCAAGGAUGACCCCAAGAUGAUGUGGUCCAUUCAUGUGGCCAAGAUCCAGAGUGACAGGGAGUACAAGAAGGACUUUGAGAAGUGGAAGACCAAGUACAGCAGCCCAGUUGACAUGCUGGGCGUGGUGCUGGCCAAGAAGUGCCAGAUCCUCGUAAGCGACAUAGACUACAAGCAUCCUCUACACGAAUGGACGUGCCUGCCUGACCAGAAUGACGUCAUCCAGGCACGGAAGGCCUAUGACCUACAAAGUGAUGCUGUUUACAAGGCUGACCUUGAAUGGUUGCGAGGCAUUGGAUGGGUUCCCAUUGGCUCUGUAGAGGUGGAGAAGGUGAAAAGAGCGGGCGAAAUCCUGAGUGACAGGAAGUAUCGCCAACCCGCAGACCAGCUCAAGUUCACAUGCAUUACAGACACCCCAGAAAUUGUCCUGGCAAAAAAUAAUGCCAUCACUAUGAGCAAGCAUUUAUACACAGAAGCGUGGGAUGCUGACAAAACCUCCAUCCACGUCAUGCCCGACACCCCUGAAAUCCUGCUGGCCAAGAGCAAUUCUGCCAACGUCAGCCAGAAACUAUAUACCAAGGGAUGGGAUGAAUCAAAGAUGAAGGACUAUGACCUGAGAGAGGAUGCCAUUUCCAUCAAAAGUGCCAAGGCCUCCCGGGACAUUGCCAGUGAUUACAAAUACAAGGAAGCCUAUGAAAAACAGAAAGGCCACCACAUUGGAGCCCAGAGCGUUGAAGAUGACCCCAGGAUCAUGUGUGCCAUGCACGCAGGCAAGAUUCACAGUGACAGGGAGUACAAGAAGGAAUUCCAGAAGUGGAAGACCAAGUUCAGCAGCCCAGUAGACAUGCUGGGCUUGGUGCUGGCCAAGAAGUGCCAGACGCUGGUCAGCGAUGUUGAUUACCGCAACUUCCUGCACAACUGGACUUGCCUGCCUGAUCAAAACGACGUUAUUCAAGCAAAGAAGGCCUAUGAACUGCAGAGCGAUAGUGUGUAUAAAGCAGAUCUGGAGUGGCUGCGCGGCAUUGGCUGGAUGACGGACGGUUCCGUAGAAAUGACCAGAGUGAAGGGCGCUCAAGACCUUGUGAAUGAAAGACUGUACAGGACACGACCGGAAGCCUUGAAGUUCACCUCUAUUGUCGACACUCCGGAAGUUGUCCUGGCAAAAGCCAAUUCUCUGCAAAUGAGUGAGAGGCUGUAUCAGGAAGCCUGGAAUAAAGAUAAAACCAACAUCAACAUUCCCUUGGACACUCCAACCAUGCUGCAGGCCCAAAUCAAUGCCUUGCAGAUUAGCAAUAAACUCUACCAGAAAGACUGGGAUGAAGCCAAGCAGAAAGGCUAUGACCUAAGAGCAGAUGCUAUUGAAAUCAAGCAUGCCAAAGCCUCCAGAGAGAUCGCCAGUGAGUACAAAUAUAAAGAAGGUUACAGGAAGCAGCUAGGCCACCAUGUGGGUUUCCGUAGCCUGCAAGAUGACCCCAAGUUGGUAUGGUCUAUACAUGCUGCCAAGAUCCAGAGUGACAGAGAGUACAAGAAAGCCUACGAGAAGUCUAAAGGGAUUUACAACACACCCCUGGACAUGAUGUCAAUUGUUCAAGCCAAGAAAUGCCAAGUCCUGGUCAGCGACGUUGAUUACCGCAAUUACCUGCACCAGUGGACAUGCCUGCCGGAUCAGAACGACGUGAUCCAGGCUAAGAAAGCCUAUGAGCUGCAGAGCGACAACGUGUACAAGUCAGACCUGGAAUGGAUGAAGGGUAUUGGAUGGUUGACCGAGGGUUCUGUGGAAGUGAUGAGGGUAAAGAACGCUCAGAACCUUCUGAAUGAAAGGUUGUAUCGCAUAAGGCCCGAGGCCUACAAAUUCACUAGCAUUGUCGACACUCCAGAAGUGAUCCUGGCAAAGACCAAUGCUCUGCAAAUCAGUGAGCCAUUGUAUCGUGAUGCCUGGGACAAGGAGAAGGCAAACGUGAAUGUGCCUGCUGACACGCCAGUGAUGCUGCAGUCCAAACUGAACGCCAUCCAGAUUAGCAACAAACACUAUCAGAAAGCUUGGGAAGAUGUCAAGAUGACGGGUUAUGACAUACGUGCAGAUGCCAUUGGGAUCCAGCACGCCAAGGCUUCUCGCGAUAUUGCCAGUGAUUAUCUGUACAAAACUGCUUAUGAGAAGCAGAAAGGCCAUUACAUUGGAUGUCCCAGUGCCAAGGAAGAUCCAAAACUGGCUUGGGCAGCAAACGUGUUGAAGAUGCAAAAUGACAGGCUGUACAAAAAAGCCUACAAUGACCACAAGGCCAAGAUCUCUAUCCCAGUGGACAUGGUAUCCAUCAACGCUGCCAAAGAGGGCCAGGCAUUAGCAAGCAAUGUGGACUACCGGCAGUACCUGCACCAGUGGUCUUGCUUUCCCGACCAGAAUGACGUGAUCCAGGCCAGGAAAGCCUACGACCUGCAGAGUGAUGCCAUCUACAAGGCUGACCUGGAGUGGCUGCGUGGCAUUGGCUGGAUGCCAGAAGGGUCCCCUGAAGUGCUAAGGGUCAAAAAUGCCCAGGAGAUCCUGUGCGACAGUGUCUAUCGGACGCCCGUGGUGAAACUCAAGUACACAAGCAUUGUGGAUACACCGGAAGUUGUCCUGGCUAAGUCAAAUGCCGAAAACAUUAGUAUUCCAAAAUACAGAGAAGUUUGGGACAAGGAUAAAACUUCCAUCCACAUAAUGCCAGACACGCCUGAGAUUAACCUUGCUCGAGCAAAUGCUCUUAAUGUGAGCCAUAAACUCUACCGUGAGGGAUGGGAUGAAGUCAAGAUGAGCUGUGAUGUCCGGCUGGAUGCCAUCCCUAUCCAGGCUGCCAAGGCCUCCAGGGAGAUUGCUAGUGAUUAUAAAUACAAGCUUGACCACGAGAAGCAGAAGGGACACUACGUGGGCACCCUCACAGCCAGGGAUGACAACAAGAUCCGGUGGGCCCUCAUAGCUGGCAAGAUUCAGAAUGAAAGGGAGUACCGGCUGCAGUGGGCCAAGUGGAAGACCAAGUUCCAGAGCCCUGUGGAUAUGCUUUCCAUCCUGCAUUCUAAAAAGUGCCAGACCCUGGUCAGCGACGUGGACUAUCGCAAUUACCUACACGAGUGGACGUGUAUGCCCGACCAGAAUGAUGUGAUUCAGGCCAAGAGAGCCUACGAGCUGCAGAGCGACGCGGUUUACAAGGCUGACUUGGAAUGGUUACGUGGAAUCGGGUGGAUGCCAAAUGACUCCGUCUCUGUCAAUCAUGCCAAGCAUGCGGCAGAUAUCUUCAGUGAGAAAAAAUAUCGCACAAAAAUAGAAACUCUCAACUUUACUCCUGUGGAUGACAGAGUGGAUUAUGUGACAGCAAAACAAAGCAGCGAGAUCCGAGAUGACAUUAAAUAUCGGAAAGAUUGGAAUGCCACCAAGUCAAAGUACACCCUUACAGAAACCCCACUGCUGCACACUGCCCAGGAGGCUGCCCGCAUCCUGGACCAGUACCUCUACAAGGAAGGCUGGGAGAAACAGAAAGCCACAGGCUACAUUCUGCCACCUGAUGCUGUGCCAUUUGUCCAUGCCCACCAUUCCAGUGAUGUUCAGAGUGAGCUGAAGUACAAAGCAGAGCAUGUGAAGCAGAAGGGUCACUACGUCGGUGUUCCCACCAUGAGAGACGAUCCCAAGCUGGUUUGGUUCGAGCACGCGGGCCAGAUUCAGAACGACAGGCUCUACAAGGAGAGCUACCACAAGUCAAAGGCCAAAAUCAACAUACCUGCUGACAUGGUGUCCGUUGUGGCUGCCAAGGAAGGGCAGAGCCUUGUCAGUGAUAUUGAUUACCGUCACUACCUGCGCCAAUGGACCUGCCAUCCUGACCAAAAUGAUGUUAUUCAAGCAAAAAUUGCCUACGACCUUCAGAGUGACAAUAUCUACAAAGCUGACCUGGAAUGGCUCCGAGGUGUUGGCUGGAUCCCUCUGGAUUCUGUGGACCACGUGAGGGUUACAAAGAACCAGGAAAUGGUGAACCAGAUCAAAUACAAGAAAGCUGCUGUUGACAACUAUCCCAACUUCACGAGCGUAGUGGACCCUCCAGAGAUCGUUCUAGCGAAGAUUAACUCAGUCAAUCAAAGUGAUGUGAGAUAUAAAGAAACAUUUAAUAAAGCCAAGGGCAAGUACAUAUUUUCUCCAGACACACCAUACAUCUCCCACUCCAAGGACAUGGGGAAACUCUAUAGUACUAUACUAUACAAGGGAGCAUGGGAGGGAACCAAGGCCUACGGCUACACCCUAGACGAACGCUAUAUUCCAAUUGUUGGAGCCAAGCAUGCCGACCUGGUGAACAGUGAGCUAAAAUACAAAGAAACCUAUGAGAAGCAGAAGGGUCACUACCUGGCUGGAAAAGAAAUAAGUGAGUUCCCCGGUGUCGUCCAUUGCCUGGACUUCCAGCAGAUGCGGAGCGCGUUGAACUACAGAAAAGAUUAUGAGGACACCAAAGCCAAUGUGCAUAUCCCCAAUGACAUGAUGAACCACGUGCUGGCAAAAAGGUGCCAGUACAUCCUCAGCGACCUGGAGUACCGACACUACUUUCAUCAGUGGACGUCACUUCCAGAGGAGCCCAAUGUUAUCCGUGCCCGAAACGCCCAGGAGAUCUUAAGUGAUAAUGUAUAUAAGGAUGAUUUGAACUGGCUGAAAGGCAUUGGCUGCUAUGUUUGGGAUACACCCCAGAUCCUCCAUGCCAAGAAGUCAUAUGACCUCCAGAGUCAGCUACAAUACACAGCAGCAAGUAAAGAAAACCUACAGAAUUAUAACCUGGUCACAGAUACGCCAGUUUACGUGACUGCUCUUCAGAGUGGCAUUAAUGCCAGUGAGGUGAAAUAUAAAGAAAAUUACCAUCAGAUUAAGGACAAGUACACCACAGUGCUGGAGACAGCGGACUACGACAGAACCAGGAACCUGAGGAGUCUGUACAGCAGUAACAUAUACAAGGAGGCCUGGGAUAAGGUGAAAGCCACCAGCUAUAACCUGCCAAGCAGCACCUUGUCUUUGACACAUGCAAAGAACCAGAAGCACCUGGCCAGCCAUAUCAAAUACCGAGAAGAAUAUGAGAAAUUCAAAGCUCUUUACACAUUACCAAAAAGUGUUGAAGACGAUCCGAACACGGCACGGUGUCUCCGAGUGGGCAAACUUAACAUCGAUCGCCUGUACCGAUCAGUAUAUGAGAAGAACAAGAUGAAAAUCCACAUGGUGCCCGACAUGGUGGAGAUGGUGACUGCCAAGGAUUCUCAGAACAAAGUCAGUGAGAUUGACUACCGGCUGCACCUCCAUGAGUGGAUUUGCCACCCUGACUUACAAGUCAACAGUCACGUCAGGAAAGUGACAGACCAGAUCAGCGACAUUGUGUACAAGGAUGACCUCACCUGGCUGAAAGGUAUCGGUUGCUACGUCUGGGACACUCCUGAAAUUCUCCAUGCAAAACACGCUUAUGAUCUACGCAAUGAUAUCAAAUACAAAGCGCAUGUGCAGAAGACGAGGAACGACUACAAGCUAGUGACUGACACACCGGUUUAUGUUCAGGCUGUCAAAAGUGGAAAGCAGCUGAGUGAUGCUGUCUACCACUACGACUAUGUGCACAGCGUCAGAGGCAAAGUGGCUCCAACUACAAAAACCGUGGAUCUGGAUCGAGCCCUCCAUGCAUACAAGCUUCAGAGUGAGAAUUUGUACAAGAAAGGCCUGCGCUACCUGCCUACUGGGUACAGGCUCCCAGCUGACACUCCGCAUUUCAAUCACACCAAGGACACCCGCUACAUGAGCAGCUAUUUCAAAUACAAAGAAGCCUAUGAACACAUCAAGGCAAAUGGAUACACGCUUGGACCCAAGGAUGUCCCAUUUGUCCAUGUCCGGAGAGUCAACAAUGUUACUAGUGAGAGACUGUAUCGAGAACUGUAUCAUAAACUAAAAGACAAGAUACAUACAACUCCAGACACACCUGAAAUCCGCCAAGUCAAGAAGACACAAGAAGCUGUCAGUGAGCUGAUCUACAAAUCAGACUUCUUCAAGAUGCAAGGCCACAUGAUCUCACUGCCAUACACUCCCCAAGUGUUGCACUGUCGUUAUGUGGGAGACAUCACCAGUGACAUUAAAUACAAAGAGGACUUGCAGAUCUUGAAGGGACUUGGCUGCUUCCUGUAUGACACUCCUGACAUGGUCCGCUCCCGGCACCUAAGGAAACUCUGGUCAAACUACGUGUACACUGAUAACGCCAGGAAGAUGCGAGACAAAUACAAAGUGGUGCUUGACACCCCAGAAUACAGAAAAGUGCAGGAACUGAAGACACAUCUGAGCGAGCUGGUGUACCGAGCUUCAGGCAAGAAGCAGAAGUCCAUCUUCACUUCAGUUCCUGACACCCCUGACCUUCUAAGAGCCAAGCGAGGACAGAAGCUUCAGAGUCAGUAUCUCUAUGUUGAGCUUGCCACGAAAGAGAGACCCCAUCACCACGCUGGAAACCAGACCACAGCCUUGCAACAUGCUAAAGAUGUGAAGGACAUGGUCAGCGAGAAAAAGUACAAGAUUCAAUAUGAAAAGAUGAAGGACAAGUAUACCCCAGUUGCAGAUACGCCAAUCCUCAUCAGAGCCAAGAGGGCUUACUGGAAUGCCAGCGAUCUUCGCUACAAAGAAACGUUCCAAAAGACUAAAGGAAAAUACCACACUGUGAAGGAUGCACUGGACAUUGUAUAUCAUCGCAAAGUCACAGAUGACAUCAGUAAAGUGAAAUACAAGGAGAACUACAUGAGCCAGCUGGGAAUCUGGAGCUCCAUUCCUGACCGCCCUGAGCAUUUCCACCACCGGGCAGUCACGGAUGCCGUCAGCGAUGUAAAAUAUAAAGAAGAUUUGACCUGGCUUAAAGGCAUUGGCUGCUAUGCCUAUGAUACCCCUGACUUGACACUAGCGGGACAGAACAAGACUCUCUACAGCAAGUAUAAGUAUAAAGAAGUAUUUGAAAGAACAAAGUCAAAUUUCAAGUACGUUGCUGACUGUCCAAUUAACAGGCAUUUCAAGUAUGCAACUCAGUUGAUGAAUGAGAAAAAGUACAGAGCUGAUUAUGAGCAGCGGAAAGAUAAAUACCACCUGGUGGUCGAUGAGCCUAGACAUCUGCUGGCUAAGACCGCAGGCGACCAGAUCAGCCAGAGAAAAUAUAAAUCUAGUGCCAAGAUGCUUCUGAAACAAGGAUGUAAUGAAAUUCUGCGCCCAGAUAUGUUGACUGCCCUCUACAAUACACACAUGUGGAGCCAGAUCAAAUACAGGAAAAAGUAUGAAAAGUCAAAGGACAAGUUCACCUCAGUUGUGGACACUCCAGAGCACCUGCGCACCACAAAAGUCAACAAGCAAAUCAGUGAUAUACUUUAUAAACUGGAAUACAACAAGGCCAGACCCAGAGGCUACACCACCAUCCAUGACACACCCAUGCUGCUGCACGUCCGCAAAGUGAAGGACGAAGUCAGUGAUCUGAAGUAUAAAGAAGUUUACCAAAGAAAUAAAUCUAACUGCACCAUCAAGCCGGAUGCCGUCCAUAUCAAAGCCGCCAAAGAUGCCUACAAAGUUAACACCAAUCUGGACUACAAGAAGCAGUAUGAAGCCAACAAAGCGUACUGGAAGUGGACGCCCGACCGGCCCGACUUCAUCCAGGCUGCCAAGUCAUCCCUGCAGCAGAGUGACUUUGAAUAUAAGCUGGACAGGGAGUUUCUCAAGGGCUGCAAGCUUUCUGUCACUGACGAUAAAGACAUGGUGCUGGCCCUCAGGAACUCCUUAAUAGAAAGUGAUCUGAAAUACAAAGAGAAACACGUUAAGGAAAGAGGAACAAUCCAUGCUGUGCCUGACACCCCACAGAUCCUCCUGGCAAAGACUGUCAGCAAUCUGGUGUCUGAGAACAAGUACAAGGACCAUGUCAAGAAGCACCUGGCCCAGGGCUCAUACACAACACUGCCAGAGACCAGGGACACGGUUCACGUCAAGGCAGUGACCAAGCAUGUCAGUGAUACAAAUUACAAGAAGAAGUUUGUCAAAGAGAAAGGGAAGUCCAACUACUCCAUCAUGCGGGAGCCUCCAGAGGUGAAGCACGCCAUGGAAGUGGCCAAGAAGCAGAGUGACGUUGCUUAUAAAAAGGAUGCCAAAGAGAAUCUGCACUACACCACAGUGGCUGAUCGGCCUGACAUCAAGAAGGCCACCCAGGCAGCCAAACAGGCCAGUGAGGUGGAGUACAGAGCCAAGCACCGCAAGGAAGGCAGCCAUGGGUUAAGCAUGCUCGGCCGCCCAGACAUUGAGAUGGCCAAGAAGGCAGCCAAGCUGAGCAGCCAGGUUAAAUACAGAGAAAAUUUUGACAAAGAGAAGGGCAAGACACCAAAAUUCAAUCCAAAAGACAGCCAGCUCUACAAAACUAUGAAAGAUGCUAACAACCUGGCAAGUGAGGUGAAAUAUAAGGCUGACCUGAAGAAACUCCACAAGCCUGUGACUGACAUGAAGGAAUCUCUGAUAAUGCAUCACGUCCUGAAUACAAGCCAGCUUGCCAGUUCUUACCAGUACAAGAAGAACUAUGAGAAGAGCAAAGGUCACUACCACACGAUACCCGAUAACCUGGAACAGCUACACCACAGAGAAGCCACGGAGCUGCAGAGUAUAGUGAAAUACAAAGAAAAAUAUGAAAAAGAACGAGGAAAGCCCAUGCUGGACUUUGAGACUCCCACAUACGUUACUGCCAAAGAGUCUCAGCAGAUGCAGAGUGGGAAAGAAUAUAGGAAAGAGUACGAAGAGUCCAUUAAAGGCAGAAACCUGACGGGCCUGGAGGUCACGCCAGCUUUGUUACAUGUCAGACAUGCAACCAAAAUAGCAAGCGAGAAAGAGUAUAGGAAAGAUCUAGAAGAAAGCAUCCGUGGGAGAGGUCUCACUGAAAUGGAAGAUACUCCUGACAUGCUGAGAGCAAAGAAUGCCACUCAAAUCCUCAAUGAGAGAGAAUAUAAGCGAGACUUGGAGCUGGAAGUCAAAGGAAGAGGCCUCAAUGCCAUGGCCAAUGAGACCCCAGACUUUAUGCGGGCCAGGAAUGCUACAGACAUUGCCAGCCAGAUUAAGUACAAGCAGUCAGCCGAAAUGGAAAAAGCCAAUUUCACUUCUGUUGUUGAUACCCCAGAGAUCAUUCAUGCUCAGCAGGUCAAGAACCUUUCUAGCCAGAAAAAGUACAAAGAAGACGCAGAGAAGUCCAUGUCAUAUUAUGAGACUGUUUUGGACACUCCAGAAAUGCAAAGAGUCCGUGAGAACCAGAAGAACUUCAGCCUUCUCCAAUACCAGUGUGACCUUAAAAACAGUAAAGGGAAAAUUACAGUUGUUCAAGACACGCCAGAAAUUCUGCGUGUUAAAGAAAACCAAAAGAAUUUCAGCUCGGUUUUAUAUAAAGAGGAUGUGUCCCCGGGAACAGCAAUUGGAAAGACCCCUGAGAUGCUGAGAGUGAAGCAAACGCAGGACCACAUCAGCUCGGUCAAGUAUAAGGAAGCAGUUGGGCAGGGAACUCCGAUCCCUGACCUGCCCGAAGUGAAGCGUGUGAAGGAGACCCAGAAGCACAUUAGCUCGGUUAUGUACAAAGAAAACCUGGGCACAGGCACCCCAACCACGGUCACCCCAGAGAUUGAGAGAGUCAGACGCAAUCAAGAGAACUUUAGCUCGGUCUUGUACAAAGAAAGUUUGGGGAAAGGAACCCCUACAGCCAUCACUCCAGAGAUGGAGCGAGUCAAACGCAAUCAAGAGAACUUUAGCUCGAUAUUGUACAAAGAGAACCUGAGCAAGGGGACCCCCCUACCUGUCACCCCUGAGAUGGAAAGAGUCAAGCGCAAUCAAGAAAACUUUAGCUCGGUGUUGUAUAAAGAGAACCUUGGGAAAGGGAUUCCAAUCCCCAUCACUCCAGAGAUGCAGAGAGUCAAACACAAUCAAGAAAACUUUAGUUCGGUUCUCUACAAAGAAAACCUGGGGACAGGAACUCCAAUCCCCAUCACUCCAGAGAUGCAGAGAGUAAAACUCAAUCAAGAAAACCUUAGCUCGGUGCUAUACAAAGAGAACAUGGGCAAGGGAACCCCUUUACCUGUCACUCCAGAGAUGGAGAGGGUCAAACACAAUCAAGAAAAUAUUAGCUCGGUGUUGUACAAAGAAAAUGUGGGGAAAGCCACCCCAACCCCUGUCACUCCAGAGAUGCAGAGAGUCAAACGCAAUCAAGAAAACAUUAGCUCGGUGCUAUACAAAGAAAACAUGGGGAAAGCAACCCCCACACCCUUUACUCCUGAGAUGGAAAGAGUCAAACGCAAUCAAGAAAACUUUAGCUCGGUAUUGUACAGAGAGAAUAUGAGAAAAGCAACACCAACACCCGUCACUCCAGAGAUGGAGAGAGCUAAACGCAACCAAGAAAACAUUAGCUCGGUUCUUUACUCUGAUAGCUUCCGGAAACAAAUACAAGGUAAAGCUGCCUAUGUGCUGGAUACCCCAGAGAUGAGACGGGUUAGGGAAACUCAACGGCACAUCUCAACAGUAAAAUAUCAUGAAGAUUUUGAGAAACACAAAGGCUGCUUCACACCAGUGGUGACAGAUCCUAUCACUGAGCGAGUAAAGAAAAACACACAGGACUUCAGUGACAUUAACUAUCGAGGUAUUCAGAGAAAGGUGGUUGAAAUGGAACAAAAACGGAAUGACCAGGAUCAAGACACUAUUACAGGUCUUCGUGUCUGGCGUACUAACCCUGGCUCAGUUUUUGACUAUGAUCCAGCAGAAGACAACAUUCAAUCCCGAAGUUUGCACAUGAUUAAUGUCCAAGCUCAACGCCGGAGCAGGGAGCAGUCGAGGUCUGCCAGUGCUCUGAGUAUCAGUGGGGGCGAGGAGAAGUCUGAACACUCAGAAGCUGCAGACCAGCAUCUUUCCACAUACAGUGAUGGAGGUGCCUUCUUCUCUGCGACGUCAACAGCUUACAAACAUGUGAAAACCACUGAGCUCCCACAGCAACGGUCAUCUUCAGUUGCCACGCAGCAGACAACACUGUCUUCUAUCCCAUCACACCCAUCUACUGCAGGAAAAAUCUUCCGUGCCAUGUAUGACUAUAUGGCUGCAGAUGCGGAUGAAGUGUCCUUCAAAGAUGGAGAUGCUAUAGUGAACGCCCAAGCGAUUGAUGAAGGCUGGAUGUAUGGCACUGUGCAGAGGACCGGCAGGACCGGCAUGCUCCCAGCCAACUAUGUGGAAGCUCUUUAA